AUGGAACGUAAGAUUUCGCUAUUAGUCGUCUUUUCCAUAGCCAUUGUGACGGCGUUUAGCGACCGACUGCAAUGCAAAGAUCCUAAAGGACAACCGGUUGACUGGUUUACGGCCAUCAAACUUCCGAAUCUCAAGUCCGAUGAGUCGGACGGUACAGUUUACUUCUACAUGGAUGCUAAGAAUUCCCAAUGGACUUUCUUGACCGGCAUCACUACCGAGGAGUCUGCUAUCGGAUACACCGUGGGACAGAUGUACUCGCCAUCGCAAAAUUAUAAUAACUCCAUAAUGUGGAUUGUAUACAACGACGAACCAACCAAUGGUAAUGUAACGUAUAGUCUGGGCCAUUCUAAGGGUGUUGUGGUAGCAAAUAAUGAUUUGGGAUUUUGGCUAGUUCACAGCGUGCCCAAAUUCCCGCAACUGCCUUACCAGAACAAUUCGUAUAGGUAUCCCAAAACUGGCGUGAAGUACGGCCAGAGUUUUCUUUGCAUGUCCAUGAUGGCUGAGGAAUUGGACAAAAUUGGUGAUCAGUUAAUCAACAAUGAAGUUAAAGUGUAUGGCAGUCACUUCGGUGGCAAUCUCAAAUAUAUGUACCCAGGUCUUUACAAUACCACAUUGCCGCACAGCAAGCCUAGCAAGAAAAACAAUGGAGUUAGAAUACAACAUCUUCAAUCCAUAGAGCAUUUUAAAUUCUUAUCAAUUUCAAAAAAUCGAUAUUUUGGAAAAGAUUUGUAUGCAGACUUAAUAACAAACAUGAUACAGUCUAAUGUAUACACAGAGACUUGGUUAAAUACAAGAGAUAGGUUCCACUCCAAUUGUUCCAGUCGGUACAAAACUCUAAACAUAAAAACAUUAUCCUUUGAAGAUAAUAAAGGAUUCAAAACUUUAAGAUACAAUUCUUCCAAGGAUCAUUCAAAAUGGGUUAUAUCUGGUAAGAGUUCUGUUCCAUGGACUUGCAUAGGUGACAUAAAUCGAGGUUUAGAACAAACACAUCGUGGAGGUGGAACAGUAUGUAUAGUUUCAUCAACAAUAUGGAAUCAAUUCAAGAAACUAGUGUUUGACAUUGAAAAGUGUACAAUUUAGUGAAUAUUAAUUCUCACCCAGAAUGGUUAUUAGUAAUCGUGUUUGAGCACCAUUAUUAUUUAAUAUUCCACUGUUAUGCAUUUUGUUUUUAAAUACUCAUUUAAA